AUGGGGAAUGAUAUCAAUGAUAUUUCUGUUGUGCUACCACCGGAACAGCUCCAAGAGGAUGAAUCUCUUAGGCAAGAGAUGGAGAUGGAUCGUCUUCUUUGGGCCAGGCAUGUGGGUUCCACUUUCGGGCAGAAUAUCGAAUGCCUGCCGAGAAGAUGGCUUCCGCCUGGAAGUGUGGCAGAUAUCUACAGGUAUUCGCUUUUCCUUGCUCGGUACAAUGAGAAAUGGUCCUCUCGCCUGAAAUUUCGUGAUCCAAGUGAGUUCCCCGAGUGCGAUGAUUGCUACAGAUUGAAGGAGGCCAUGCGUGACACAAAAGACCUGAGCGCUAGAAUGGCCUAUGUUGCUGAAUACAAACACCACAUCGAAGCAGUUCAGCAAGAUCGCAAUUUGGAGCAACAGCUUCAAUCGGAAUCUUUGGCGACAUCGCCUCGGGCGAUACUAUUUGUGCAAACAGAUGGAAUGGAUCAAGCGAAGUGGGCCCUCCCACGGCUCGGAGAGAAGCAAACAAAGAAAACAAGCGCUGUGGUCAGGCCCAGAAUGAAGGUUCAGGGCAUAUGGCUGCAAUCCAUUGCCUUGGUGAUGUUUGUUGCAGACAUCCAUGUCUGCCACGACAGUAGCAUGACGUGCGAGGCUUGGGUUAUCGGUAGAUUUGCCAGUAUCUGUGCAGCAGAUGCAUGUGGGUAG